AUGGCCCCAACCAUAUCUCUUCUUCGUCGCGAUACGGAGACCUCAGCAGGAAAUCUCAACACGACAGUCAUCAUCGGUUUUUCCGUCGCCGGUGUUAUCCUCCUCGGUUUCUUUGCAUGGCUUGCACUCCGUUUCUACCGGAAGCGAUCGCAGGACAAAGCAUCCUCCAACAGGAACACCGCGUUCCUCAACGUCAAAGGUGUCAUGAAGGAGGGCGAGGACGAGAAAAUCGUAGACGCAUCGCCGGGCAAGACGAAUGGCUUCUCCAGAGCGCAGCUUACGCGGUCCAUUGUGAUGCCCAACAAGACCAUCGUCCGUCCUGAUGCAACCAAGGACGAGAUCAUCAAAUUCCACGUCGACAACGGUACCAUUACCCGCCCCUUUUCAUUUGCCAUGAACGCCGGGCUUGUCCCUCCUCCGUCGCCCGGCCGAUCCAGCUCCUCUGGCUCACGUCCCGUAUCAACCAUCUCCUGGGUCGGCGAACAUCUUCCCUCACCCAAACGCGCUUCGCGUCACAGCUCGAUCUUCAACGCCGCCACCCGCAUCACCUCCUCCAUCUACAGUACCGGUUCUUCCAACACUGGUGCCGAGAAACGCGCAGUCCGACAGCUCUUUAACCCCGUGCUUCCCGACGAGCUUGUCAUCAGUCUUGGCGAGAAGGUUUCCGUCAUGCAGUCCUUCGACGACGGCUGGUGCAUCGUUUGCAGAGAUAGCAUGCUCGGUCCCGGUCAGGUCGAGAUGGGAGCCAUCCCGGCAUGGGUUUUCAUCAAACCGGUUCAGGGUCUCAAGACGGAGCGGCCGAUGCGAAGCUCCAGUUUGGGUGUCACGGUCGAGAUGAACGGUCCGGGUUUCUCGUCCAGGGAGGAGUGUGUCUCCUGGUCAAAUUUCUGA